AUGAAUCCAAUUUAAUAAGCAUGGUUGAAAAUCCUGAACCCACUAUCCGUGGUCAUCAACGAGAAGUUAGCCAAACGAUCAGGAUUAUUGGGUAAGAUCGGCAGAUUCUUCCUCAUUGGUCCAAGAGAAUUCGGAUUUCAUCCUACAAACCAAAUGUUCAUUUAUUUCAACAGAAGAGUGCUCUUUGCAACAGCCUUCAUGGGUCACAAAUACUCAGUCUUAAAAGGACUCACUCAUUAAGGAUAUCAUAUGUUGAGACCAAUGAGAGCAGCCGUGUUCUUGGGACCAAUUGGAGUUUUGUCAGGUCUCUUUAGAUUGGUCUACUAUUCCUCUGAAAACAGAUCAUAUUAUCCUGAUAAUUUGGAUUACGUGAUGAAGAAAGCAACCAAUGCAUUACAUUUUCCAUUGAACACAUUGAAUCAAAGAUUGUCAGCACAUUACACUGAAAUUAGUUCUAUUUAUACUGCUGAAAUGAUGAAGAGAUAUCAUAAAUAACAUGCCAAAAUAAUCAAAGAGAGAGCAACAUAAUCCGUACAAGUUAAGAAAACUAAAUAUGCUGAUCCAUCAUAUAAAUAUGUCCCAAUGACUCCAGUCCACAUUGAAGAUGUAAAACUCGCUUGAGAUAAAUAAUAUAAAUAUAAUGUUAACAAUCUUCGAUGAGUUUU